GUGCCCUCCUCGCCCGGGGCGCCUCCGCUUCUCUCAGUCCGCUCGACCUCCCCUCUGGGCCAAGAUGGCGGCUGCCGUCAGAGCCAUCGGCAGUUGGACGCGCUUUACUGCAGCCGCCAAGUAUUGCCCGUCCCGGCACCGCCUCCCAGGUUAUGCCUGCCGAAACAUCAGCACCUCUUCAGCCCUUAAAUCUAGGACCCAUGUUAAUUAUGACAUCAAAGGAGAUGUCGCUGUGGUACGUUUUAACUCGCCAAACUCCAAGGUCAACACUCUGUCCAAACAGAUGCAAGCAGAGUUCACGGAAAUUAUGAAUGAAAUCUGGACCAAUGAGGCUGUCAAAAGCGCAGUCCUCAUCUCAGCAAAACCUGGUUGCUUCAUUGCAGGGGCCGACCUCAACAUGAUCGAGGCCUGCACGUCCAGUCAGGAAAUCUCCCAACUUUCUCAGGAAGGACAGAAGAUGUUGGCGAGUCUUGAAAAGUCUCCGAAGCCGAUUGUUGCUGCCAUCAGCGGUUCCUGCCUUGGUGGAGGGCUGGAGGUUGCCAUUGCUUGCCAAUACAGAAUAGCGACAAAGGACAGAAAGACAGUCCUAGGCACGCCUGAGGUGCUAUUAGGGUUGCUUCCAGGGGCUGGAGGCACUCAGAGGCUCCCAAAGAUGGUGGGGGUUCCUGCGGCCUUUGACAUGAUGUUGACCGGAAGAAACAUUCGUGCUGACAAAGCAAAAAAGAUGGGGCUGGUUGAUCAGCUGGUGGAUCCCCUAGGACCAGGUAUAAAAAGCCCCGAGGAGCGGACCAUUGAAUACCUGGAGGAGGUGGCGAUCACCUUUGCCAAGGGGCUAGCCAGCAAGACAGUUUCUCGGAAGAAGGACAAGGGCUUGAUCCAGAAGGUGACAGACUACGCCAUGAAUAUUCCGUUCGUGAGGGAACAAGUCUACAAAACUGUAGAGGGGAAGGUGCGGAAGCAAACCAAAGGACUGUAUCCUGCUCCCCUGAAUAUCAUUGAGGUUGUGAAGACCGGCCUGGAGCACGGCAAUGAAGCCGGCUACCUUCUUGAAUCACAGAAAUUUGGGGAACUUGGGAUGACCCCUGAAUCCAAGGCUCUUCUAGGGCUCUACCAUGGGCAAGUGCAAUGCAAGAAGAACAAGUUUGGACAACCAAAACAGCCGGUCCGAACUCUUGCUGUCCUGGGAGGCGGCCUGAUGGGUGCAGGAAUUGCCCAGGUCUCUGUGGACAAAGGGAUGAAGAUUCUCCUGAAAGACACCACCCUGCAGGCCUUGAGCAGAGGACAGCAACAAAUCUACAAAGGCUUUAAUGACAAAGUGAAGAAGAAGAGCUUGACAUCGUUCGAGAGGGACAUUAUCCUCAGUAACAUGACAGGGCAGCUGGAUUACAAGGACUUCUCGAAGGCUGACAUGGUGAUUGAAGCCGUCUUUGAGGACAUCAACAUCAAACACAAAGUUAUAAAGGAGGUGGAAGCAGUGGUCCCUCCUCACUGCAUCUUUGCCAGCAAUACAUCUGCUCUCCCCAUCAAUCAAAUAGCAGCAGCCAGCAAAAGGCCAGAGAAGGUGAUUGGAAUGCACUACUUCUCUCCAGUGGACAAGAUGCAGCUGCUCGAAAUCAUCACCACAGACAAAACCUCACCGGAGACAGCGGCCUCUGCUGUUGCUGUGGGCCUCAAGCAGGGCAAGGUCAUCAUUGUGGUUAAGGAUGGCCCAGGUUUCUACACAACCAGAUGUCUUGCGCCCAUGUUGGCUGAAAUCGUCAGAGUUCUCCAGGAAGGUACUGAUCCCAAGAAAGUGGACGCCAUUUCCACAAGUUUUGGCUUCCCAGUUGGUGCCGCCACUCUGAUUGAUGAAGUGGGUGUUGAUGUUGCCACCCACGUUGCGGAGGAUCUCGGCAAAGCCUUCGGUGAACGGUUCAAAGGUGGAAAUGUGGAGCUGAUGAAAGCCAUGGUGGACAACGGCUUUCUGGGCCGCAAAGCUGGAAAGGGUUUCUACAUUUACCAGGAAGGUGUGAAGGACCGGAACAUCAACACUGGCAUGGAUGAAAUCCUGGAAAGGUUCAAGAUACCGGCCAACCCAGAGGUCUCCACAGAGGAAGACAUCCAGAUGCGCUUGGUGGCUAGGUUUGUGAAUGAGGCCAUCUUGACCCUGCAGGAAGGAAUCCUCAGCAACCCCGUAGAGGGAGACAUUGGGGCCGUGUUUGGCCUGGGCUUCCCACCUUGUUUGGGAGGUCCCUUCCGCUACACAGACUACUAUGAGGCCUGGCGGCUGGUGGACCGCAUGAAGAAGUAUGAGGAUAUCUACGGGAGCCAGUUCACGCCGUGCCAGUUGCUACUCGACCACGCCAAGGACUCCAGCAAGAAAUUCCACAAAUGAACUUUGUCUGUGCCUCCGUCCACUGACGUGUGAGCCCCUCUCCCAGCCAAAGGCGGAGGGAGGCUUGUUGUCCAGGAAGAGAAAGUCUCUUGCCCUAAGGCCCAGGGGCUCGCGGGUGUUAACCCUUUAAGUGCCUUUGGUGCUCGGGCACUACCUCUCCCCGACCCACCCUUCAUUGAGCAGAUACUGGCCUCUCCUUAGCUGGAGAAGGAAUCAGGGCUUUCUCUUCGGCCUGAGCCUGGCACCCUGUAG